GGCGAUCACGGCGAUGCACACCGCCAUCUUGGCCCCGCCCCUGCCGUCCCGCCGGGUCACGCGGCGCGGCGGUCACGUGCGGCGCGGGGCGGCGGUCACGUGCGGCGCGCGCGGCCCGGUUGCCAUGGCGAGCGCGGCGCUGGGGCCGCGGGGCCUGCGCUGGGCCCUGGCCCCGCUGGGGCUCUGCUGGGCCCUGGGCCCCGCCGCCGCCACCAACAUCGUCCUCCUGCUCAUGGACGACAUGGGCUGGGGGGAUUUGGGAGCUUUCGGAGAGCCUUCCAAGGAAACCCCUAACCUAGACCAGAUGGCUGCAGAAGGGAUGCUUUUCCUGGAUUUUUACACUGCCAGCCCCCUCUGCUCUCCCUCAAGGGCAGCACUGCUGACGGGCCGGCUCCCGGUCAGGAAUGGCUUUUACACCACCAAUGGACACGCCAGGAACGCAUACACACCGCAGGACAUAGUAGGAGGAAUCCCAGAUUCUGAAUUACUGCUUCCAGAGCUCCUGAAGAAAGCUGGUUACACCAAUAAGAUCAUUGGCAAAUGGCACUUGGGGCACCGGCCCCAGUUCCACCCCCUGAGGCACGGCUUUGAUGAGUGGUUUGGGUCCCCAAACUGCCACUUUGGGCCCUACAACAGCACAGAGCGCCCCAACAUCCCUGUCUACAGGGACUGGGAGAUGGUUGGCAGAUACUAUGAAGACUUCAAAAUUGAUCUGAAGACAGGUGAAGCCAACUUGACUCAGCUCUACCUGCAGGAAGCUCUGGAUUUUAUUAGCAAGCAGCAGGCCAGCCAGCAGCCAUUCUUUUUAUACUGGGCAAUUGAUGCUACCCACGCUCCUGUUUAUGCCUCCAAACAGUUCCUGGGCACGAGUCAGAGAGGGCUGUAUGGGGAUGCUGUGCGGGAAAUCGAUGACAGCGUUGGGAAAAUCCUGAAGCACCUCCAGCAGCUGGGCAUCAGUGAGAACACCUUUGUGUUCUUCACCUCUGACAACGGGGCUGCUCUCAUUUCAGCUCCCAAACAAGGAGGAAGCAAUGGGCCUUUCCUGUGUGGCAAACAAACCACCUUCGAGGGUGGCAUGAGGGAGCCGGCCAUCGCCUGGUGGCCCGGCCACAUCCCUGCAGGAGGGGUCAGCCGUCAGCUGGGCAGUGUGAUGGAUCUGUUCAGCACCAGCCUCUCCCUGGCGGGUCUGCAGCCUCCCAGUGACAGACAGAUUGAUGGCAUCGACCUUUUACCUGUCAUCCUGCAGGGCAAGCUAAUUGACAGGCCCAUUUUCUAUUAUCGUGGCAACGAGCUGAUGGCAGUGAGAGCUGGGCUCUACAAAGCUCACUACUGGACCUGGAGCAACUCCUGGGAGGAGCACAGCAAGGGCAUCGAUUUCUGUCCUGGCCAGAGCGUGGCUGGAGUGACCACACACACCCAGGAGGAGCACACUUACCUGCCCCUGCUCUUCCACCUGGGCAGGGACCCUGGGGAGAAGUACCCCUUAAGCUUUGCCAGUGAGGAAUACCAGCGGGCCGUGGAGCACCUCUCAGGACUGGUCCAGCAGCACAGGGCCACCCUGGUGCCAGGCCAGCCCCAGCUGAACGUGUGUGACCAGGCUGUCAUGAAUUGGGCCCCUCCAGGCUGUGAGAAGCUCGGGAAGUGCCUGAAAGCACCAGAGUCUGAUCCUAAGAAGUGCUCUUGGCCUCACUGAUGGCUGCAGCCCUCCAGAGCUACCCAGAGGCAGCUGGACAUCCAGUUUGCAAUGCCUGCUCCUGUUGGCACUCCUGUUUACACAGGAAGGGUGUGAUGCGUGCAUGAUAUCAUCACUUGCUCUUCCAAAAGGGCCAGUGUUUAUAUUCCUCGUGCUCAGGGUUUAGCCUCUACUCCUCUCUUCCCCCAGUUCUUUCCCUAAAUGGUAACUCCAGUGAGGAUUGGGUCAGCUGUAAAAGCUCUCUGCACAGCCAGGACUCUGCCAUCAGCUCCAAAAUGCCACGGAUCACUCCUGCUCCUUCCACCCAGCCUUGCUCACUGGGCUGCCCCAACAGGAGCCACGGGACAGGUCAGGAAACUCAGAGCUGCCAGAGAGCCCUGCCCAAACUGCCCAUGUUUUGUUUGCCUGUAGCUUGUUGUUUUAACAUUUGAUUUCCAUUGUGAACUCUGGACAUCAGCUUGUUUUUCCUUUCUCCCCUAAUUUGUGAGUUCUGGGUGCAAACGAGGGAUCCCUCCUGCUCACAGCUGAGGGGCUUGGAUCCAGGGAGAAUGCCCUGAAAUUCCUUCCCUGUGCAGCUGCAAACAUUCCCUAGCUCGUGGUUUCAGGAAAGGUGGGGAUUGUGUUCAGGUGAGGGUUGCAUUGGGGUCACAGCCCCUGCCAGCCUGAAGGAGCUCCAGGAGAGCUGCAGAAGGACUUUGGGAAGGGGCCUGGAGGGACAGGACACAGGGAAUGGCUUCCACUGGCAGAGGGCAGGGAUGGGGGGAUAUUGGGAAGCAAUUCUUCCUUGUAGGAGUGGUGAGGCCCUGGCACAGGUGCCCAGAGAGGCUGAGGCUGCCCCUGCAUCCCUGGAAGUGUCCAAGGCCAGGCUGGACAGGGCCUGGAGCACCCUGGGACACUGGAAUUGGGGCUGCACUGGAUGAGCUUUCAGGUCUUUUCCAACCCAGACCAUUCCAGGAUUCUGUUGCCAAUUGUUGGUGCAGGACAUUUGUGGGGAGCUGGGGGUCAGGUGUUCAUUUCAGGGCUUCCCUUAAUUUCCAAAAAUCUGGGUCUAAAGCUGGUCCAAGCCACGCUUCCCAUCUGGUGCUCUGGGCUCAGAAAUGCCCUUGGCAUCAGCCCUUAGCUCUUGACCCCGUUCCCAGCACAUGCUCUCCCAGGAACUGUCCUUGUGCAAACCUUCCCCAGCCUGGCUGUAGCUCUCCUUCAGCCAGAGUUCCUGGGGGACACAGAGCCUUUGCUCAAUCCCACAGGGCAGAUCCCUGCUCUGCCUUGGAGCCUGUUCCACACCCUUCCCUGUCGCCAAUAAACCUGUCUGGAGCAAAACCAGCCUCCUCUGGGCAGCAGCUGGAGGGAGCCUGAGCGUGUUUGGGUUCAGACUGAAAGAGGGGAAGUUGAGGUCGGGCAUAAGGAAGGAAUUGUUCCCUGUGAGGGUGGGGAGGCCCUGGUACAGAGUGCCCAGAGAAGCUCGGAGCAGCCUGGGCUAGUGGAAGGUGUCCCUGCCCAUGGCAGGGGGUGGGGCAGGGUGAGCUUUUAGAUCCUUUCCCACCCAAACCAUUCCAUGAUUCUCCAUUUGUCCCACCAACAGCUCCACUUCCACCCCUCCAGUGUUUUCCACAGCAGAUAUGCCCUGUCUGUGUGAUGUUGUGCUGCCUUAGGAAAAUCCAGGUGCUCUGUACCUGGAAACAGCUCAAAUUCCUCCCCAGCUAAGCUUGGAGCUGUUGAGAGCUCUGCUCUUGUGCCAGCUGUGGUGCUCCCACCAGCUCCAGGCUCCCAGCUGCUGGUUCCUACCCUCCUGUAAUCCCAAACCCCCCCGUUCCCCAUCCCAUGCUUCAUGUACCUGUGAUCCCCUCCAUGGUAAUUCCUGCUGUGUGUCUCGUGAAGCUGGAUAAUCCCAUUAAACUGGAAUGAGAACA